AUGCCAAUUCUAAACACUGAAGAACCAGAACACCUCAAGGUAAGGCAAUAUUCACCUGUGAACACUGAAGACCCAGAACACCGUGAAGUCAAAUAUUAUUCAUCUAUGAACACUGAAGAACCUGAACAACGAUAUGUAAAACACUAUUCUCAUGUGAACACUGAAGAAUCAUUAAACUGUGAGGUGAAGCAUAAUUCACCUAUGAACACAGAAGAACCAGAACGCCGUGAGGUAAGGCAAUAUUCACAUGUGAACACUGAAGAACCAGAACGCUGUAAGGUAAGGCAAUAUUCACCUGUGAACACUGAAGACCCAGAACUCCGUGAAGUCAAAUAUUAUUCAUCUAAGAACACUGAAGAACCCGAAAAACGAUAUGUAAAACACUAUUCUCAUGUGAACACUGAAGAAUCAUUAAACUGUGAGGUGAAGCAUAAUUCACCUAUGAACACAGAAGAACCAGAACGCCGUGAGGUAAGGCAAUAUUCACAGGUAAGGCAAUAUUCACCUGUGAACACUGAAGAACCAGAACGCCGUAAGGUAAGGCAAUAUUCACCAGUGAACACUGAAGAACCAGAACACCGUGAAGUCAAAUAUUAUUCAUCUAUGAACACUGAAGAACCCAAACAACGAUAUGUAAAACACUAUUCUCAUGUGAACACUGAAGAAUCAUUAAACUGUGAGGUGAAGCAUAAUUCACCUAUGAACACACAAGAACCAGAACCCCGUGAGGUAAGGCAAUAUUCACCUGUGAACACUGAAGAACCAGAACGCUGUGAGGUAAGGCAAUAUUCACCUGUGAACACUGAAGAACCAGAACACCGUGAGGUACGGCAAUAUUUACAUGUGAACACUUAA